AUGCCAGACACCACUACGACACCAGAAAACUGCAACCGCUGCAUGAGCCCAAAGAGCGGCAGCGACAGCGAGGGCGCAAGCCCUGAUAUGUACUUUGAAAGUGAUUUUUCGAGUAUAUCAGUAAGCUCCGGCGACGCUACUGAUUCUGACUACAAUGGUGACGACGAGGAUGACGACGGAAGUGACGACGAAGGUACAGAUGAAGGUGCACACCAAAGUGACGAAGAAAUGCUGUCUGACAACAGCAAUUAUGUGCCGGCGCUUAGACUGAGAAAUCUAUUCACGGUCCGAAGCAACCCAGCAAGCGUCGCCAAACUCAGGAAUGCACCUGUUGCGGUCAGCCUUUACGAUAUUGCUGCCCCCAGUCUUACAGUAAGCUUAGCAAAUUGUUCGUAA